AUGCCUACCUCAUUCUCAUUAUUCACAACACAAAAGCCGAAAUCGAAACCUUCGACUUCAACUCCAGCUUCUUCUUCUACCAACCCAAAUUCCAAUCUCAGUUAUGAACAAACCUCAGAUAUCAUGCCAAAGUCAACUUUCGGUACUGAUGUUACGACCACAUUUACGUCUUCGCCAGUGGUGAUUCCUACAAGAAGUCACCACGAUAGUUUCAAAAAUGGUUUAGGAUUCGAGCCAAGGAAGGAUCGUCGUCAAACUACCAAAAAUCACUCGGUGCGAUCGAGUCGUCGCCCCUACGAUGCCCAUUCGCCGGAUGCUAUUCCUCCCUCGGUCGCUGCCUUGUUGGCGAUUACGGCCAUUCCGCCUCCCAGAUCAAAUAGGAAUGCUCGCACACAUGGUAUAUCAAGACAAAGAUUGACAGUGGAUGCUAUAUUAAAACAUACUGCUGUAUCGGAAAAAGAACUUAGUAUAACAUUUGGUAUGAGUCCCAUGGAAUUAUUGUUGAGUCCUCCAGAAGAAACCGAUUCGACCGAUUGUUACAGUUCGGAGAAUGGUCCGGGAUCAGUCAUAUCAAGUAGGACUACAUCCAGCGAGUCUGUACCAUCUUUGGACGAUGCUUCCCUUAGUGAUGCAUCAACUCCACCAGGCUCAAUAUUAACACCGAGUUCAAGAGGGCGAAGGUCUCUACCAACCAGGAGGUAUCAGCCAACAUUUGCAGGCGAGGAUACUCUGCACGACCAUCCUUUAUCAGAUGUCGAUGUUGAAGAGCUUGACUUUAGAGUCUUUCAGAGACCAUCCGAUUUACCCAAGGAUCAACAGAAUACCACCGGCGUCGAACCCCCACGCCGCAAGUCCGCGUUUAAAUCAAAUUUAACUGCAUCACUGCGUGCUUUAAGGUCUGCGGCAAAAUCAUUUUCGAGUCUCACAACACCUAUGAUUACGCCUGAUGAUUUUCUUACAAGAUCUAUCAUGUCAAUUGACCCGAAGGUCCCAUUUACGGAUGAAAGGAUGCCACCUUUGCUGGUUGAUGCACCCACUCCAGCACUACGUCGGUAUCUUAACCCCACAACAAAUGCUCCCACGGAUGCUCAUGUGCCAACAUCUCUUACCCAAACAAUGAGUGCUACACAAUGCACAGCAUCUAUUCAAAUGCAAACAUACAAGGUUUCCAAGUCAUCAAAAGAUACGCCACCAACCGGACUCAAUAGACGCAGACAAGGAAAUUCCGAGGAAGCCUUUGCCGAGGUCGCGACCGGCCCAGUCGCACGUCAACGCGACAUGAGGGAGAACAGUGAUUUUAUUCGAAUUGCAGUUAUGGAAAUGGCCAUGAGGAAAAAUGGGAAAUUGGACGACCGCAAACCAGGAAGAGCAAGAUGGGCUCUACCACCCAGACAAGCAUCCAGCAAGCCUUACGAAAUUGGAAACGAUGGAGUUCCUCUUCGAUGGACUGCAAUUACUUAUUAA